AUGGGUGCGGAUUCGAUUGCAGUUCUGCAAUCCGAUCUUUUGUUGUCGGAGGCGAUAUUCAAGUAUUUAUCUGAUUUUGCAAUGUCUCGUGCGCAUGUCAUCUUCAUCUCGAGCGGGGUUCAUGAAGUUGUUGACACGCGCCCUACAUGUAUAAUGGUUGGUGUUACGGCGUAUUACGUGCGCGGCCGUUAUGCAAGGCGCGCGAAACCGGCGCAAGCGCACGCCGCGCGUGAGAAGCGGCGCAACAUUCGCAACACCAAUAACAGCAACCGUGCCAACUCUAACGGCAAUACACAGAGUUCAACGCGAUUCACAGAACAUGAU